GAUGCGUAAGUUGAAGUAUGCGACAAGUGUGGAGAAGAAGAACUCUCUCAACUGUGACCUGGAGAAGGGGCAGAAAUGCAUGCUGUCCAAACUACAAGUUCUGGUUCGUCACUUCAAAGAUGUCGACAAAGUUGAGAAGAUGAACCUCUACUACUCCUACUCCAAAGUCAACUUUUCUCUACAGCAACUGCAGUCAGCCGAAGAAGCUGGAAACAACGGCUGGUUCUGGAAUGUUGGGUUUUUCUCCAAACCAAAAUCGGAACAGAAAAUCAGCCUGGAAGCACUGGGGCAUUUCUUCAUCCAGUAUACAUCACAGGAACAAGACCGCGAAUUUUACCGACAAGUGGUCAACAUGAUUGACCCGGAGAGAGAUCUUGACGCGCCAAAGCGAUUUGGUCAAAACGACUUGAAACCAGAGAACUCAGGAGAAAAUAAUUCAGAAGAAAAGUGAAAAGAAUGAGUUAUUCCUAAUGGAUAUGAGUUAUUUCUAAUUGUUCGCGGACAAUGGAUUUAAAAAAAAACCGAUCCUAUUUCAGUUAUUUGAUGCUUAGACUAGCCUGCUUGAAUCGUAGAGUGACGCUCUGAAUGUCAUGUUUAAUUUGAGUGUCAUGAAACUGUUGAUCGUUUGAAAUAGUUCAGCGUAUUUAAAGCACGAUUAAAAUCAAUUUUUUAUAGAAAAAUUUAGCAUGCUUUUCGAAAGGUCUAUUUCGAGAUUUCUUUAGACAAGCAUCUGAGACCAAAUUAACAUCCUCCCCCCCCCCCCCCCCAAGCCCGGUUUAGAAGGAGGAUGUUAACUUGGUUCUCAGUUCGAAACUUAGAGCAUUUUACAUGUGCGGUGCUACGCAAUUUUUUUUUAAUUUGAGCGCUGGCAGUGAGAAGGGAUCUUUGAGGGUAGGAUGCUAAUUUGAUG